GAGAGAGAGAGAGAGAGAGAGAGAGAGAGAGAGAGAGAGAGAGAGAGAAGGAUUCGAAGGGAGGAGGAGGCCGCGCAAGGGUUUGCUGGACUGCUCCUCGAGGACGACGGCCAUGGCGUCCAAGAGGCAGGAACAGAGGAUCGAUGCGGCCAGGCUCGUCAGGAGGCCAAUGGCGACGGUUCCACAACAAGCUGUGACAAGAAGCCGUAGGGUGCUUGCCGACGUCGGCAACCUUAUCAAUGGCCAACCUGCUCUUGCAAACCAUCAGAAGCAAGUCGUUGUACCAGUUAAGAACUGUAGGAAAGCAAUCCCUCAGGUAGCAGCAAGAAGCCGGCGAGUGCUUGGUGAUGUCGGCAAUCUUAUCAACGGAUGUCCGGCUCCUGUAAAUCGUCAAAAGCCACUGGUUGCUGCAUCUGACAGGAAUGGAAAAGCAGUCAAGCUGAAGGAGCGGAGUAAAGUGAAGCCCGAAGUCAUUGUGAUAAGUUCAGACUCCGAGAGGGAGAAGAAAACCAAAGUCUCAGGAGGCCAGAGAAUUGCAAGGAGGGUACCAACCCUUACUGAUAUCCUGACAACUUGCAGCAGGGCUUCUGAUGGGGUAAUCUCCAGCUCGAAGAAUGCACAUGCAUUUGACAUUGAUGCCCCUGAUGCUACCAAUGAGCUUGCUGUGGUUGAAUAUGUUGAGGACAUCUACAGAUUCUACAAGAGUACUGAGGGUACCUGCCUGCCUCUCAGCACCUACAUGAGCUCGCAGGCUGAGAUCAAUGAGAGGAUGAGAGCUAUCCUUGUUGAUUGGAUCAUUGAAGUACACCACAGGCUUACACUGAUGCCAGAGACACUUUACUUGACAGUGUACAUCAUCGAUCAGUACUUAUCCAUGGAGAAUGUGCCAAGAAAGGAGCUACAGCUUGUCGGCGUAAGUGCCAUGUUGAUAGCGUCCAAGUAUGAGGAAAUAUGGGCUCCACUGGUUAAGGAUUUAUUGUGCCUAUGUGACAAUGCCUUCAGCAGAGACCAGGUUCUGUCCAAGGAGAAGGCAAUCCUGGACAAGCUCCACUGGAACUUGACAGUUCCAACAAUGUACAUGUUCAUCGUCCGGUAUCUGAAAGCUGCUAGGGGUGACAAAAAGCUUGAAAACAUGGCAUUCUUCUACUCUGAGCUUGCAUUGGUUCAGUACACAAUGCUGAUUUACCGUCCAUCAGUGACCGCAGCUGCUGUUGUCUAUGCUGCUAGAAGUACUCUUGAAAUGAAUCCACUGUGGACUGAUAUUCUGGAGUAUCACACUGGCUUAACUGAGCCACAAUUACUGGACUGUGCGAGGCGCCUGAUGAGCUUCCACGCCCUGGCACCAGAAGGCAAGCAGAAGGCGGUGUACAAGAAGUACUCCCACCCCAAGCUCGGCGCCGUCUCGCUCUACUCGCCUGCGAAGAAGCUACUGUCAGUCUGAGCCGAGGCUCCUGCUGCGGCUGCUUAUUCUCUUGUCUCUUGGGAGAUGCUAUUACUGCUGCUGCUGUAUCAUCGUUCUGAUGAUACCAUUUAGUUUCGGUCCUGCUUUCUGCUCCUUGCUUUGACGCCGAAGAAGCUGAGCGUGUGUUGAUCAGUAUACUUAAAAGUUAAAAAUCGUCAGCAAAUGUUAAACCAUUAUCGAAUGGUUCAGUACUUCAGUUAAUGGUUAUCUGUGGUUUGUGGUUUA